AUGCCGGUACAAACCAGCCCACCGUCCUUCCCGGACUCGUUCCCGUCGUUCAUGUCUGUCUACGGUGGCCUGUCCCCCUACAAACAGGACGAGAGCCAGGUCUAUCCCCUCCAGGUUCCGGCCCGUGUUCCCGUCAACACGUCGCGACACAUCCUGCCCUCCCCCCACCGCGAAAGCGUAUCGUCCGUGAACUCGGUCUCAACCGAGUCAUCUCCGACCACCACGAUUUCCCCCUUCGAUUCGCCCUCUACGGGCGAUAUCUCUCCUAGCUCAUCUCCGGAAUCUCCCUCGGCAAUGCCCGCGUCAUAUCCCAAAUUCAUUCCUCCUACCCGCCCUAUGGAGAUUCCACAGCGGCCCAUGAUGCCUAUGGAGUGCUCCAAGCUAUUGCCAGCUCCCAACAAUGGACGCCCUGACUCACCAGAACGCCGAGAGCGUAACCUGAAGAACCUGUCUUUGCGCAUGCCACCUCCGUCGCAGUCCCGACCUCCCAUUGCUACAGCAUCGAUCAUGGAGACGUCCUCAAAACAUCACCUUGGGGCCCCGCCAUCGCCUCUCCAAAUCCCACAGAAGAGCAACAGCGGCAGGCGACGUCCCGCAAAUCUCACCAUCCGGACCCCGGCAUUCGACAAGUCAUUCUCAUCCAAUAUUUCUGAAGUGGUUCCCCCGACACCUCUGGGACGACAGUCCCUACGGCACGCAGAAUCAUCACCUUCCCUCGCAUCAAUUGCCUCGCCCUCCUUCGCUCCUCGGGGUGGCAUGCAGCUGCCACGUCCGAUGUCCCACCACGGCGUGCGUCCGAUAUCGCGUGCCUCAUCUGAGGAUACUGCUUCGCCUCUCACGCCCAUUAAAGAUGAUGGAUCUACAUUCUCAAGCCGCAUUCUUCACGGGCUCGAGGAGGAAGAUGACCACCUCGCGUCACGAGAGUCCACGCGCAAAGCUUCGCGUGGCUAUCCGGAUGGACCCAUUCGGAUAUACGACACCGGCGUGUUCCUGUAUCUUGAACCGACUGCGGAGGAAGCGGCCAAAUUCGAUAUAGUGGUGAACGUCGCUAAGGAGGUCGCGAACCCGUUCGACACCGAGACGGAGCGAAAUGACACCGUCAUGAGCACCUGGCGCAAUGCCUCCAGAGCCUCGAAACGGUUCUCGAGUGGAGAUCCUCAGACUGCUAUCUCCGACAUCUCGUUCAAAUCCGCGUUUGAGUACCAGCCAUCCGACUCUGAAUCAGCGACUCCGACUACUCCUGCGCCCAAUUUUGCCUCGACGCCAGAGUACAUCCAUGUUGGCUGGGACCACAACUCGGAAAUCCUGGAUGAUUUGUUGCCCUUGUGUGAACUCAUCGACGACCGGGCUUCGCAGGGCAAGAAGGUGCUCGUGCACUGUCAGUUGGGUGCUAGUCGUUCGGCGUCGUUGGUCAUUGCGUACGGUUUGUACAAGAACCGGAACAUGGAUUUCAACUCCAUGUACGGGAUGGUCAAGGAGCGCAGCCAGUGGGUGAGCCCGAACAUGAGUCUUAUUUAUCAGCUCACGGACUUUCGCAAUCGAUUGACGCAAGGCUCUCCCUCGCGGCCUGCUCCUCGCGAGUGGUUUGUUCAGACUGGCCGGAGAAGCUCCGAGCCUCAGGUCCCGCGAGCAGAGACGGAGGAGUCGAACCGGCCGCUUUUCCGCGGGCUGUCGCAAGCGCCGUCAAUGGGAUGCCUCAACAUCCCAUCUUCCAAUAGUGGCCCCAGAACCGGUGAUAAUGGGAACCGAUCACCCAAGCGCAGUCUGUCUCCGCGUCCGUUGCCAUUCCGACGGAAGUUCCAAUCUGUCGAGCCCGCGUCUGGUGGUCGGCCCCGGGGAUUGCCGCGUAGCGUCAGCAGCUGUGACCCCCUAGUUCAGACUCAUAUGGUUGUGCGUGACAUUCCAGAUCCUGCCGACGGUGGUCUGUUUUCUCCACGAACCACUGGAUUCUUGGCCCCGCCAAUGCCACCACCGCCUCGAACGAUCGAUACUGUCGCAGAGGAUCCCAGCGUUGCAACGGCUUCCAACCCUGUGCAGUAUGCACAAGUAACAGCCGAUCCUCGCUCACCCCCAAUGGGAGGCGAGCGGCUCAUCAUGAGGAACAUCGAUGAGUUUCUGUAA